GCCUCGCGACGCUGCGGCCCGAAGCGGUGCUGGCCAGGAGUCGUAGUGCUGCUCGGCACGUGUGCGGGAGCGGGGCGGCCUGGGGCCGGUGGGGCCGCAAUGUCCAAGGUGCGAGCGGGGAAGCGGCUGCGGCAGGAGCGCGGGGAGCGCGGCGCCUCCGGCAUUCUCUUCAACACCGGCGCCGGACAGCACAUCCUGAAGAACCCCCUCGUUGUCAACAGCAUCAUCGAGAAGGCUGCCCUACGACGUACAGAUGUCAUUCUGGAAGUGGGCCCAGGAACUGGUAACCUGACAGUAAAGAUGUUAGAGAAAGUUAAAAAGGUUAUUGCUUGUGAAAUUGACCCUAGACUUGUUGGUGAGCUUCAGAAGAGAGUGCAGGGCAUGAGUCUGGCAAACAAACUAGAAAUCAGGGUUGGAGAUGUCUUGAAAACAGAUUUGCCGUUCUUUGAUGCAUGCGUGGCUAACUUGCCCUACCAGAUUUCUUCACCUUUUGUUUUCAAGUUGCUGCUUCACAGACCUUUUUUCAGGUGUGCAAUACUUAUGUUUCAAAGGGAAUUUGCACUUCGUUUGGUUGCCAAACCAGGAACUAAACUAUACUGCAGACUCUCUAUUAAUACUCAGUUACUAGCUAGAGUGGAUCAUCUGAUGAAGGUUGGAAAGAACAAUUUCAGGCCUCCUCCCAAAGUGGAAUCCAGUGUUGUCAGAAUAGAGCCAAAGAACCCACCACCACCUGUUAACUUCCAGGAGUGGGAUGGUCUGGUAAGAAUAGCCUUUGUUAGGAAAAACAAGACACUCUCCGCAGCAUUUAAGUCAAGUGCUGUAGAGCAGUUACUGGAUCAUAAUUACCGAAUUCAUUGUUCCUUACAUAAUACAGAAAUACCUGAAAACUUCAAAAUUGCAGAGAAAAUACAUGCAGUCCUAGAAAAUACAGGUUACUCUGAAAAACGAGCCCGUUCAAUGGAUAUAGAUGAUUUUAUUAGCUUGCUACAUGGCUUCAACGCAGAAGGCAUCCAUUUCUCAUAGAUUCUACUUGAAGAAUUAAAGAUCUUCUGUAUUUUGUCACCGCAGACUUACCUACACCAGAAUGACUGCAGUGUACAUGCACAUUCUGGUUCUUAAAAUGUUACAUGCGGUUUUAUCACAGAGAGUAGAGAAGCAGCUGCUGCUUUCUACUUUAAGAGAUAAAUUCUUCACAGCUGAAGUGAGGUGCUGGAAUCCCAUAUCGCGGACUUGGACUUUGCCUCAGUAAAUUCUUGCACCGUACUCAACAGUACAACCAUUAAGUCUAGCCUGGGCAACAAAAACAGGUGUAGUCAUUCCUUUGUUUGGGAUUUUUGAAGGAUAUUUAAACAUAUUAAUUUGAAAUGCCAACCUCUUCCAUGUGUUCUCUGGUAUCUGCCCCCAUUCCAGUUCUGUUAGCAAUCAGCUUUUCUUGGAGAAAUCCCAGUAACGCUUUCUCAGGAACAAAAGCAUUUAUCUUGCUAGCUCAGUAUCAAUUACAAAAACACUACAGAGAUACCUGAAAGUACCAGUGUCAUCUCCUUAUGCCAUAUUUAUUGCCAUCAAACCACAUCAGGAACCAGCAGAAAGCUACCAAAGGGCUAGUCUCAUAAGCAUAGACAGAAAGGUUAUUUUUGCCAACAGCAAAUUCAAACAGGUAUUUUUAUAAGAAAAAUACUUCACCCAUCAAGGGAGGGAAAGGUUUUAACAUAGAUCAAAGCUUUCACUGAAUCUUACAGGAAUGCAUGCCUGUGUCCUGACAGAAAGACUUAGAAGAGCCUGAAUAGCAUUUGGAUUAUUAUGUUAUUUGUUAUUAAGGACAAGGCAGUUUUCUCAAAGAUUUUUGUAUUAACUGUAGCAGGUCUCAAAAGAAAAAUCCACUUUGGUCUGUCUUACAGGAAAAAGUAAUUUUUCACUGCAGCAUCAUGCAGGGGUGAAGGCACGGCUCUGUGUAUUAGCUACCAUAAGUAAUUUUUUAAUGUAUUGCAUACCUCUUUCAAUACAACCACAGUAAGUGGAGAAGAGGCAAAUUAUCAAAACCUCUUCAAAGAUGUAAUGUCAUCUUAUACACAUCCAGUGUCAAUUCUUACAAGUCAUUGAUUCAGAAGCACAUACAGAAACAGGCACUUGAAUCUGCAGGCAUCCCCAGAGGUUGUUUUGAAAAACCGAAUUGCUCAUUUAUUUUGUAAUGUAAUGAUUCUAGCGCUGGUUCACUGCAUAGAGAACCAAUGUAUGGGUGAGGUAAGUAGCAACAGCAAUACAUUCAGAUUAAUACAGAAGGAGCAAGUGCUGGAGAUCUGUGUCACUUAGUAGGAAGCUGCUGAAAUGUAACUGCAUCUGCUUUGGCAUCUGCUGUAAACCACAGCCUGGUUGUGGCUCUAGGCUUGCAUGGAGAGCGGUAGGGAACCUACUAUAGGGUGUCUCGGUCAUUAGAGGCAUUUUAGAAAGUAAGCUGCUGGAGAGGUCUUGAAGCCUUUUGGUAUUGAAUUAUAACCUGUACUGUACUAUGACCUGCUACCAAAACAUCCUGCCGUCUGCUUCACUGUUUUUUCUUACAACUGUGAAGGAGGACGUUCCUAAAUGCUCAGACACAUGAUGUUUCUUUUAAGAUCUGCUGCAAAACUUUCAGGACAGCAUUCUGGGCAAAUUCUUAAUGUAUGACAAAUCUGUACAAAGAGCUGGCUCUUGAAGUAAGCAUUCUGAAAUCAGAGGCCUUUUAUUCAAAAGUCUGACUCUGAUGCUGUUACAAAGUGAAAUCCUUCCCAAAGCACAACAGAAUUUCCAUAAACUCCCACAUGUAAUUCAUUUAAUAGCUUAAUUUUAUUAAACACAUUAUGUAAAAUCUA